AUGGAAUUCACUCUGCAGCAGGACAAAGUCAGAGCACUGGACGAUGACAUGCUGGUCGUGAAGUCUGAGUCUGGUGGUGCAGGUCUUGAUCGAGGCGACGAUGAAUCACAAUACCCCCACGGUCUCAAGCUCGCUGUGCUGAUGACCUGUGUCUUCAUCGGCAUGUUCUUGGUUGCUCUGGACAAGUUGAUCAUUUCGACUGCGACUCCGGCGAUCACGAACGAGUUCCACGCUUACAGCGACGUUGGCUGGUAUGGAACUGCGUACCUCCUGACGAACUGUGCUACAAUCUUGCUAUUCGGAAAACUGUACACCUUCCUCGACGUCAAGGCCACUUUUCUAUCGGCGGUCCUUCUAUUCGAGGUGGGCUCGGCUGUAUGCGGUGCCGCUCCAAAUUCGAUCGCGUUCAUCGUCGGCAGAGCAAUCGCUGGUCUCGGAGCUGGAGGCAUUCAAGAAGGCGUUCUGGUCAUUAUCGUAUGCGCCAUUCCGCUUUCCAAGCGACCCGCAUAUCAAGGCCUGUUCGGCGCAGUCUAUGGCGUAUCGUCUGUGAUUGGCCCACUUUUGGGAGGAGCGUUCACAACCCAUGUGUCCUGGCGCUGGUGCUUCUACAUUAACUUGCCCUUUGGCGGUCUUGUCGCGCUGGCCGUGUUCUUCCUGCUCAAGGUUCCAGGUGGUGGCGCCAUGAAGAGCAGCUGGAAACACAAGGUCAAGGAGCUCAACAUCGAAGGCCUGGUCGCCCUUCUGCCUGGUGUCAUCUCACUCUGCCUUGCUCUACAGUGGGGUGGAUUUACCUACAGCUGGAGCAACUGGCGAAUCAUCCUCUGCCUCACGCUCGGCCUGGUUCUAUUGAUCGCGUUCAUCUUCAUCCAAGUCUGGAGGCCAAAGACCGCAACAGUGCCACCCCACAUCUUCUGCCAACGAAGCAUCUUCACUGGCUUCUGGGUCAGUGCUCUGCUCGGAGCGCAUCAGACGAUUAUCAUCUACUUCUUGCCCAUCUGGUUCCAGGCCAUCAAGGGCGACUCAGCCGUUCAAAGCGGUAUUCACCUCUUGCCUUUCGUCAUUGCCAUCGUGGUCUCUUCCAUUCUUACUGGCGUGGGCACCACAAAGACUGGAUACUAUACACCAUUCUUGAUCAUCGGUACCGUCACUGCAGCGAUUGGCGCCGGUCUCUUUCUCCUGCUUCAACCACAUACCACCACCGGACAAUGGAUCGGAUACCAGAUCGUUUACGGGUUCGGCUUGGGCGGAUGUUACCAAGCACCAAACGUCGCAGCUCAGACCGUCCUAUCGAAAGACGAGGCUCCAGUCGGCACUGCACUCAUCCUUUUCGCCACAACACUAUUUGGUGCGAUCUUCGUUUCCGUGGGUCAGAACGUCCUUGAUCAGCAGUUGGCCACGAAACUCGCAGGCCUUGCCGGAUUCGACAUUACACCACAGCAGAUUAACACCGCAGGUGUUACUGGAUUAUUCCAGAUGGUGCCACAAGGACUGCACAACGCAGUUCUGUAUGCCUACAACUCGGCACUGCGUCGUACUUUCCUCGUGGGUCUCAUCCUGGCUUGCCUCACUAUUCUCGGCAGCUUGGGUAUGGAGUGGCGAAGCGUAAAGAAGGAACAGCAGAAGCAGCAAGAAAAAGCAAUGGAAAACGAGCAAGAAGAAGCUGCAAAGACACAAAAGCAUAAAUACGCAUUGGACACCGAUGAGAACUUCGGUGUUUGA